UAAAAAGAACGUAACGUACUUGGCUGCUAUAUAAUACAGCCAAGGAGGGUCGUGUUCUAUUAUUAUGUCCUAGUGAAAUGAGAAAUAAGCAAAGAAAGAGAGAUAUGAAGAUGAGAGGAUCUGAUCAGAAGAAUAUACUGAUUGUUAUGAUGGUUGUAACAGUUGCAGCCACGGCUCGAGGUGAAGACGGGUUCGUGACAUGGGGCGAUAACUACUACACAACAUGGGGACAUCCAGCUUUGGUUAUUAAUGAAACCUCUGAGCUCCAGCUCACCCUCGAUCAUAAAUCUGGUUUCUAUCUUUUCUCUCUAUUUGGGUGUGGAAUCAAGGCACCCCAAACCAAGUCUACGAAAGUGACUACUUCCUUCUACCUAAGAUCCAAAUCAAGCCGUAAUGACGGGCUCUGUUUCCAGAUUUUUGGAAACGGGCCAGCGUAAAAAUAGGGUUAUUUUCUUCAAAAUUUCAGGUUCUAUGUAGAUGAUACAGCGAUCCGGGUGUACAAGAAGAAUCCAGACAUUUACUACCCAUCGGUGCAGACGAUGUUCAUGCAUGGCAGUGUGGAAAACAGAACAAUGGUUGACCCUAAGGAGAUGUCUUACACUGCUAAGUUCCAGGCAUCAAAGAUCGAUGGGUGUGCGACUGAGUUUAUGAGCAUAGAUAAAUUCUUUGGUCUUGAAUACUGGUGGAACCGUAAAGAGAAUUGGGAGCUAAGCUCUAAAGAGAGGAAACUGUAUAUGAAUGCAAGGAAGGUUUACCUGGAUUACGACUAUUGCUUGGACAGAAAGCGAUAUCCAAAGGUGCCUCAAGAAUGCAGAAGUUACGGUUAGAGAAAGAUCAAUACUUUUCAAAGAGUCAUCAGCCUACAAAAACAAAAAACUUUGAGACAAGAACAAAUGUUAUUGUAACAUGCUUUGUAAUAAGCUGUUACUAUCGAAUAUUAAGAGUAUCAUUUAAAAUGACUACUCUGUUGCCAUCGCUAGCUAGUUGUAUUGACUUUGCUACAGUAACAUUACAAGUUAACAGAGAUACAAGAGUUGUGUUUUACUGUUUAUUUGUAAAGCGUUUUAAAUUAAAUUUCAGGCAUUGUCAAUCAGACA